AUGAGGCCCUGUCAUGGCAAACUUUUCUUCCUCGCGGGUUUUGUACUAUGUGUGUUGAUGUUAACCUCCUGGCACACGUCAAAAUCAGAGAACUUGCCAUUGCAGCUGCGUUUGGUCUAUGCGAGGUUACUGCGGGCAGAACAGCGCGGGGAGGUCUUAUCACAAGAGCUGCUUAAUGUCCUGGGCCACCUACAAAACCGCAGCAUUGCUCUAUCUAAUCUCACAAUCAGCAACUCCUCAGCUAUAUUAGAAAAGAGAGUCAUUCCGCACGUGUUGCCUUCACAGCCUAAUGCCCUCAUCUACUUGCCUCAUCUGAAAGAGCACAAGGACAGUCUGAAACCCAUCGUUCACCUGGGGCAGCGACGCACUGGAGUGUCUCUGGUGUUAGGAGUGCCCACCGUGUACAGGCAGAAACAGAGUUAUCUAGUGAACACACUCCAAUCUCUCCUAUAUGACCUUUCAACUGCAGAGAGGAAAGAUAUUGUCAUUGUAGUCUUGGUUGCCGAGACAAAUGCAACUUUUGUGAAUGCUGUUGUACAGAGUGUACAGACCAAUCUCCCAAAUGCUGUCAGUUCUGGAUUGAUUGAGGUGAUCUCUCCAUCUCCUCACUUUUACCCAGACUUCAGUAAACUGAAGGAAACUUUUGGAGACCCUAAGGAGCGAGUCAGAUGGAGGACCAAGCAGAACCUUGACUACAGUUUCCUCAUGCUGUAUGCGCAGUUUAAGGGCACUUACUAUCUCCAGCUAGAAGAUGAUAUUGUAGCAAAGCAAGGAUUCUUUGAGUCCAUGAAAAAAUACAUAGAACUGGUGCUUUUCGAGGAGUGGCUUUUCCUGGAGUUUUCCCAGCUGGGAUUUAUUGGCAAGCUUUUUCGCUCAUCAGAUCUGCCAAUGAUUGUGGAGUUCAUCCUGAUGUUCCACAAAGACAAGCCGAUCGAUUGGCUGCUUGAUCACAUCCUGUGGGUUAAACUGUGUAACCCAGAGAAAGACUCAAAACACUGCAGUGAUGAGAAGGCCCGACUGAAGAGAGCUUACAAGCCCUCCUUGUUUCAGCAUGUUGGUUUGCAUUCCUCGCUGCCCGGUAAAAUACAAAACCUAAAGGAUAAAAAUUUUGGGAAUCAGGUGCUGUAUAAAGGCCACAAUAAUAACCCAUCUGCAGAAAUCAGCAGCAGUCUGGAGAAAUAUCAGUCUCACUCUCUGGAGAGAGCUUACAACGGAGAGGACUUCUUCUGGGGCCUCACACCCAAAAGAGGAGAUUAUAUUCUCUUCACUUUUUCCACACCUCAAGCUGUCAAAGGGUACCUUUUUCGAUCUGGCAAUAUUGAGACAAAUGGUGACCGGUUUUACAACACAACAGUGGAGGUGCUCCCUACUAAUAACUCUGUGAAAGAGAAGGUGGAGAGAGGAGAAUUAUCCUGCUGUAAACCCUCACCCGAUGGCUUUGUCGAGAUAGAUUCUUUCAAGAAUGGAGUGGCCGAGGGAGAAGUGAAUGGAGCUUUAGCAGAAAUAGCGGCCAUGAGACUCCUGGUUCACUCUGAUUCUGAUGUCUGGGUUCUUCUCAGUGAGAUCUUUAUUAAAGUUUGAUGAGUUGAGGAGAGAGGAGAAAUGUGAGCCGCAUGGUAACGUGUAAUACCCCCUG